GUUCAAAAUUGAGGAAGGACAUCGAAAAAGAAAUAAAAGAUGACAACAGAAAGAAAACCCCACAGAAAACACAGAAGAAACGAGACACACUUGCAGAAAAGGGCAGAAAGUCUGUUGUUUCCAUUCCAGCUAAGAAACCAGCAGCUAAAAGGCGGCUACAGCUAUGUGAUAAUCCUACCUCGCCCAGUCAACAUCCCUCUGAUGGUUCUCCACCCAGUCAUCAUUCCUCUGAUAGUUCUCCACCCAGUCAUCAUUCCUCCAAUGAUUACCCAGACAGUCCUGAUUUGUUUAUCGAUUCCACGCACAGUCAUCCUUCUGAUGAGAUCCCAACACUUGAGCACCCAGAUGUUACAGCAGAACCUCCAGAAGAGCUGGCUGUGCCAAAAGAAAUUCAAAGAAGCUCAAUUGCAAAAGUAGUUGAAAUCCAACCACUUCUUGCUCGGUUUCUGGACCACCUGUUAUCAGUGGAAGGAGGUCGCCGGGGGCCAAAACCAUCAAGAGAAGCCCAGUGGCGAGUUGGCCGACUUCUUUACGAAGUCGAUGAAACAUUAGCUAAUGUAAAUUUGUUGUGGAAUGACGAUGCCAUGGUACACAUACGCCGUGCCUUUAUUGAAGGCAAUCACCUUUUAACAAAGCCUAGGAAAGUAGGCACCUUACGAGCUUAUCUUUCUGCUUUGUUAAUGUUUUACAACUUUUUGUUGACCAGAGCAUCAAGUUUGGCAAACGAGUUUGGUUUCCAGCAAAACGAUUUUAGUUUAGUAAAAGAAUUUCAAGGCAGAGUGUCGAACUGGAUGAAGUCAUUCACUGAAGAAUCAGCUAGCAGGAAAACCGAAGUUCAUCAAGAAGAUUUUCAAUCACUUUUGACGAGCUCCCAAAUGUGGAAUUUGUUCAAUUCACCUCUUCACGACAAAUUUGAGAAACGAUUUGAGAAACUGGAUGAUCCAGAGAAUGAGUUUGUUGAGCUUCGUGAUUACUUGAUAACGAUGCUACUUUUACAAAGCGCUCAACAUCCUGGGGCUGUUUGUAACUUGACUAUUAACAAAUUCCAAGCCGGAGAAUGGGAUGAGAGCACAAGUGUAAAACAGUUUGUCACAUUGACAAAACGCCACAAGACGGCAGGUGUGUUUUGUACCAUGACACAAUGCAGGGCCUUCGCUCGGAAUAUUGAAUUUUUCAGGUACAAUGAGUGACAAAAUAGGUGGACCACUUUAGGCUGAGGCAGUAACAGAAAGUCCCAUCCCCCUGUUCAAUGUUGUGAGACUAAAAUUAACAUUUUAUCUGACCAGCUUUCGUGUCCUAGUGCAUUGUUGACAAAUCUACAUCACCUAUAUAUUGAUAAUUACAAGUGGUUUGCAAUAUAAAAAUUUUGCUUUUUACCCUACUUGUAACGUAUGCAUAUCAAAUGCAUAUCCAAGAUGGUGAAAUUCACGCUGCUUUUGAUAUAAAUAAGUCGAUUUAUUUCGAAAACCAAGUAACAUGCGGAAAUAAAUGAAAUUUAUAUAUCAUUUAAAAUGUUCUUUCAAAUAAGACAAACUUAAUUUAUAUUGCCAUAUCCCUUUAACAUUCCAAUUCAAGUGUCCCAGCUUUCAAUGUCACUGCUUGUAGUUGUAAUUCCUUCCCACUGCAGCAGGUUACAGUAUAUCUUCUCUACCUGUACUGGCACCUACCACUCAUGUUUUGUAACAGUAUAUUUGUCUAUAUUUAAACUUAAUUUGCAUUUGAAAAUUAACAGUCAUAAGAUUGUGCAUGAAUUCAACAAAAAAGUAAUAGUAAUAGAAUGCAUUCACCUACUUUUUUCUGUAAAAAAGGCCGGCCGGUAUCUUCACUAAUCCCAGACAUGAAACAAAAAAUAGGAGAGAACAAAAGGUUACUGAGUUUGUAUUGUAUUAACAAAAUUUUAUAACGACAUUUUUUCAGGUACUGGACCAGCAAGCCUAUCCUGGGAUACUCGUAUCUACAAGUGUGCCCAGAUUUACUUGGAGGUACUAAGACCAACUGUGGCAAACAAGCAUUCAUUUCUCCAGCGAAAAGACAAAAGAGAGAAAGAACCACUUUUCUUUCUGACAGUGAGGGGGAAUCCUAUUCCUUCUUCACAGAUUUCUAACAGAAUAACUAAAGUUGCUAAAUUGCUGGACCCAUCAAUUUCUGGUAAUGUGACUGGAAAGCAAAUUCGUAAGUCGGCAGUGUCCAGCCAUCGACAGCUUGAUGACUCCGGCGAAUCAAGUGGGCUGUCGAAAGAAGAACUUGCUCGGCAAAUGUCCCAUUCAACGUCAACUGCAGAAGGACACUAUGCCAUGAGAGACACAAUUAAAGGUACAGUAUUUGCACAUAAAGCUAAGAUUUGUUCAUGCAACAAUUGAUCAUGGUGAGAGUGGUAAAAGCAUUUUCAUAGAAGCAAGAUGCAAAAUGCUUGUAACUUAUUCAAAUUUAAAUACAAUGACCAUCUGCAACUAAUCCUUGAAUGGAAGUACCUGCAUGGACUUUUGAGCUGAUCUUAUUAGUAUUGUAAUAUGUAUUUUUGUUGCUGUAGGUCAUGCCAGAGCAUCGAAUUUCCUUCAUUAUGUUGUCGCAACAACCCCUGGAAAAGGUAUGUUAUAGCCUGCCUGAGUAACAUAUAAGGCAGAUUUCCACUGUCGCAUUUUUCUUACAUGCAUAUACGCACGUAAAUGUUUAAAUCUUUCUAAAUUUUGUAUUAGUUGUAAUUACCUUUAAAUCAUACACAAAACUAAAUGCUGUAAUAUUAUUAUCCUGCGUGGCAGGCUCAGUGAAACAAGAGGCUGCAACAAUCUCAAGGAAAUUUGAUCACCGGCCACUAAUUACUAUAAUAAUUUAUUUUCAAUCCAACCAAUCAUAUUCUCUGAAAUUCGUGGGUGUGAUGCAGUGUGAGUAAUAACUAAUAUACUUUAUUACUGUUGUAGUUAAUCAUAUAGAGCAGCUCAAACAUUUUAACAAAUGGCAGUUUAAAUUACUUUUGGAGUAAAAAACCAGAAUUUACUCCGGCGACGUCAGUUUGGUGCAUGUGGUAAUAUGUCAGAAUGGUCUAAUAAUAGACUCAAAAAUACACUUAAUUACUUCAUAAGCAACUUUUGAAGGGAUUUAAACUUUUAUGUGCCUGCACGUAGGUGUGUAUGAAAAACGCAACAGUGUAAAUUCGGGAAACGACAAAACGCGGACCCCAGGUCCAUGGACUACCUUCGUGGACCUGGUCCAUGGACUACACUCGUGGACCACGGACCACUCCCGUGGACCACUUGAAAAAUUUCGCCUACCAACUAGACCAAGCACAAUUAACCCGAGUUUAGGAAGCCGAGAUUGGCGGGAACAAUUUCAUUAUUCAUUUGCAUUAUUUAUUUCACAAUCAAUUCAGUUCUUGUUGAUGAACAGUGAAUACUAAGUCUGUAAAUGCUGAAAAAAUGUAGUCAGGGUUCAUUACAAAAUAUAGGAAUAGUGGAGAAUCGGGAGGGGGGGAGGGGUGGUCAAAGGAUUUUACUGAAUUAUUCGAAUUUUACUGUUAAAAAAUCACUUGAACUGUAGAAGUCGUAAGUUGCAAUGACCUUUCAAUGCCUGAAGGUCCUCUCCCAAAAAUAUUAAUUUUUGAAGCUCGAUUACUGCUUUUCUUGCAUUUUCUGUAGCGAUCGAAAAAAACCCAACCAAUUUUAAGGGCACAUAUUCGGAAACUUUGCAUUAAAGUCGUAAUUGCACACUUAUAUUUUAGAACGGUCAUAUAGUGAAUGGAUUUAGAACUUCACAUUUUGUGUAAAGUUUCCCGGCACAAUGAUAAUAAUGACUGAACUCGACUCGAACACAUUUUUCCGUGCACAGUCAAGAAUUCAAACCCCCAAAAUCUGGUGUCUCGCAAGUGGUCCACGAGAGUGGUCCAUGGGAGUGGUCCGUGGUCCACAAAGGUAGUCCAUGGACCAGGUCCACGAAGGUAGUCCACGGACCUGGGGUCCGCGUUUUGUCGUUUCCCUGUAAAUUCACCUUUAGUUCUGAAAACAUCGAAGUAGUACUGUUACCAAUAACAGUUGUUACCUUGACGCCAUUAUGUAAUGUUAUUUCUGUUUGUAAUAGCAAAAUCUCCAAAGAAAAUGAAGCCAGAAGGGUUGUGGAAAGCUGUUGUUCGUAGGAAAGUGUCACCAGAAAAACCAUUACGAAGUUUACAAAGCAACUGCCUGGUAAGUAAUUAA